AUGAGCUCUAGGUUGACCACAUCAAGUUACCAAAUGUUCACUGUCACCGUGUCAAUUGUCGGAAACCAUGCCAAAAGGCAGCAAGGAGGUUUUGUUGCGGCUACCAUAGCAUGGUUCCUUUGUAGUGUUUCUAUGGGCCUCCCCGAGUGGCGAAUGUGGUGCUUUCAAGACCCCUUGGACUCCAAGCCCAGCAUGACCUUAGUGGAGAUGUGGAGAACCUGUGUUCACCACCAGGAAAGGAAUUACAGCAUUGUCAGAGUGUGUUAUCAAUACAGGUACCAAGACACCUUCAUUCCUUUGGAUAUUCGAGUGGCCCAACACCUGCUACUCAUCUCCAGCUGUCUUGGCAUAAAUGCAGCAGUCUUUGACACCAUUGCACUUUGGAAAUUGUAUUCAGGGAGACUCUGGAAGAAAGCUACCCACAAUCCAUUCUGUCUUCCAGGGAUUCUGAACAUCAUUGCCAGCAGCUUUGUCUUCCUUUCCAUCUUGUACAAUUACUUAUCCAUCAUUCGCAAGGAUGGGAUUGCCUUCCCCCCAUAUUUCCACACACCCUCCUUCCCAGAUACCCAGAAUGUUGGCAGUGCACUGGCAAUGGCCACUCUUUCUUCUGUCUUAUUUAUAAUAGGUGACACAAUUGCCCUUUCUUUCACUCUUCUCUCAAGGUGCAAUGUGCACUUUAUCAUUUAA